AUGUAUAUCAUCACGUCAACGGUGGGGCCGUCAAACGAAACAUGGCGUCCGUUAGGUUAUUGCUAUGAGUGCUGGUCCGUUUUCUAUCGUUAAAUGUGGAAUAAUCGUGCGGUUUGCGGGCUGACGCGAAGCGUCGUGUCCUCCGGGAGGCGAACACGUCGCUUUCAACCCUGCACGACCCGCGUACAUUGCUUCUAGUCCCGAUCCAAUGAGGAGAAUCAGCCUCGUCAACAGUGGCUUGUGGGUAUACACACCCCGACGCGAGACUCCAAAGUGGUUUUACGGCAUAUCGAGCAUUUUUCUACUAUUCUAAAAUUCGAUUCCUAUAGCGAUCCAGACAGGAUUACGAUCAACGGCGUUAAUUUACGGAAUCUUCACACAUCGCUGCCGGACUCGCGAAUCAAAAUGCCGGUCACUGUUAAAGUGUUUUUAUGUACGGGGUGUUAGCGGUGGUGAUCACCUCCUCUCACCCCACAAUUUUUUACGCGAAACGUGUACGUACAUUUAAAUUAAUCACUGAAAUGUCAAGCGAUCGUUUUACGUUCGCGUACCGAUAGCGGUAUCGAGGGACACGUGUAAAAAUAAUGUGAAAUGUGCAAGGAUUUGUGGACAGUGUUAAAAUAAUAAUAGCAGGUGGAUAUAAAACUCUCACUGAUUCUUGUACAUGUCUGUUUCACCUUCUUUCGAGAGUAACUAACAACCCUGCUAAAGCAUUCUAUUUUAUUACUUGCAACACAACCGACGCAAUAUUGUAAGAAAGCUACAAGACGACGAAGCUGUAAUUUCCAGAAAGGAGAAGAAUAAGGAGAGUGUCAGACCAUAUGCCACCAGCCGGGCUAUCGGCAAGAGGCUUGUCUACCUUGAUGGACCACGGACAACCGGAUGCUCGUCAUCGGAGCGAGCGGUUUCUACUUCACCCAGAGAAUGGCUCCUCUAAUUCUCAUAGUCCUAACACAGCCAACUCGUCUCCACGAUAUCAGCAUAAUAAUAGAACGAAUAAUCAUUCCACGAGUUACGGAUAUUUGUAUGGACGCACAUCUAGCAACAAUAUGUCUGAUAGCAGUGUUUCUGAUACACAUAGCGGUGGCACGGCAAGAACUGUUUCUCAACAGACUAGUCCUUCUCAUGGUACACAUUCCUCUUCUCAAUCGCGGCAGGACAAUAGUUCUACACUUUUCACAGCAUUGUUCGAUUAUGUUGCUCAAGGCGAGGACGAGUUAUCCUUGCAAAGGGGCGAAACGGUCGAGGUCCUGUCAAAAGAUUCAAAAAUCUCAGGUGACGAGGGAUGGUGGACUGGAAAAAUCCAUGGAAAAGUUGGUAUUUUCCCUGCCAAUUUUGUUGCGGAAGCGGAAAGUAUCGAUAGGGUGUCUUCGGUGAUCGAUAAAGUUCAACCUGUUGAAAUUGACUUUGAAGAGUUGCAAUUAGAAGAGGUGAUAGGGGUUGGUGGGUUUGGGAAGGUUUACAGAGGAUUCUGGCAAAAACACGAAGUGGCUGUUAAAGCAGCCCGCCAGGAUCCGGACGAAGAUCCAAGCGUUACUUUAGAAAAUGUUCAACAAGAAGCAAAGUUAUUUUGGUUACUGAAACAUGAAAAUAUUGUGCAGUUAGAAGGUGUUUGUUUAAAAAUGCCAAAUAUGUGUCUCGUAAUGGAAUACGCGCGAGGAGGUAGUUUGAACAGGGUUCUUAGCGGUAGAAAAAUCAGGCCUGAUGUACUUGUUGAUUGGGCGAUACAAAUUGCUCGUGGCAUGGACUACCUUCAUAAUAAAGCUCCUAUAAGUCUUAUUCACAGGGACUUGAAAAGCUCUAAUGUGCUAUUAAGCGAGCCCAUAGAAAAUGAUGACCUACAAUAUAAGACGUUGAAGAUAACUGAUUUUGGAUUAGCAAGGGAAGUGUAUAAGACAACUCGCAUGUCAGCAGCAGGCACGUAUGCUUGGAUGGCACCAGAGGUUAUUAAAAAGAGUACUUUCAGUAAAGCCAGUGAUGUUUGGAGCUACGGUGUCCUCUUAUGGGAACUUUUAACUGGCGAAACACCUUAUAAAGGAAUAGAUGCUUUGGCAGUAGCAUAUGGAGUUGCUGUAAAUAAACUGACAUUGCCUAUUCCAUCAACUUGCCCUCAGCCAUGGAGGUUUUUAAUGGAAGCUUGUUGGGCAUCGGAUAGUCAUUCAAGGCCAGGAUUUGUCGAAAUCCUAGUAGCACUGGAUGAAGUACGUAGCGCGUUUGCAGCAACGCCACACGAGUCGUUUCACACAAUGCAAGAAGACUGGAGACUUGAAAUUGAACAAGUUCUUCAUGGAUUGCGCAUGAAGGAAAAGGCAUGCCGAUCCUUAGAAGAGGAAUUGCGCUGUAGAGAGGAAGAAUUGACAAAGGCACAAGUACAACAACGACAACACGAAGAAAACUUGAGGCAGCGAGAGCAAGAAUUAGCUGCUAGAGAAAUAGACUUGUUAGAACGUGAACUCACAGUAAUGAUAAUUCAGCAACAAAAUACUCCUACACCAAACAAAAGACGCGGAAAGUUCAAGAAAUCGAGAUUAAAAUUGAAUAAAAAGGAACCCGGAAGUAACAUUAGUGCUCCUUCUGAUUUUCGUCACACGAUAACUGUACAGCAUACAGCAUUGGAUCGGGGAAAAGUGAGGAAUCCAUCGAGACCUAACAGUCCACCAGGCUCGCCUAGUAUUCCAAGGCUUCGCGCGAUCGCAUUACCGGCAGAUGGAGUAAAGGGUAAGACUUGGGGACCAUCGACACUACACCAACGCGAGCGCGGGGCUAUUAUCACACAGCCACCAAAUCCUGCAUCACCAGGUGGCAAACGGUGGUCUCGCUCUGCUCCAGAUCUCGAAAAGACACCCCUGCGUACCGCCCUGUUGGCAAGCGCACACCGCUCCCCGCUUCUUCAAGAAAUAGGCCUUUCUGAGGAAAGCAUCUAUCCCACUCAUUAUACAGCUUUACCUCCCGAUCUCUCUACCGACUGGGUAACUUCGGAUUAUCCCUUGAAACCUGGAUUAACUGGACCUUACAUCAUGCCAAUGCCUGUUCCAAUGCCAACUCUCUACAAUGGAGAAACGAAAAAACCAAAGUUAAGCAUAAUAGAGCUGGUUUUGUACAAUAUCGCAGCUAUGCUAGCUGGAGUAGCUACUGGAUACGAUGUACGAAUGUCAAACAUAUCUCCAAUUCAUCCAAGAUUGUAUCCACGGCUUGGCGAAGGAGAAGACGAACCUCCGCGAUGGUGGUUUCAGGCAGACACUGGAUCGAAUCGUAAUUCUGGUUAUCUUGGGCCUGACUAUGAGUUUAGUUCGAGUAGUGGUUAUCCUCAUAAUACGUAUCAUGGACCAGCUAGACAUUAUAGACCAUUUUUAAGUAAUAUGGGUGGCAUAGCACCUGGUCUUCCACCGAGCGUGAUGCCUGACAAGCCCUUGAGAUUCACGGAUUCACCUCAACACUAUGCAAGCAGUACAGGCUCUAAUGCACCAACGCCGAGCCCCAGAAGAAAGAGUAGCAGUACCAGCAACGAAGAUGUAUACACGCAUGAUGCAGGACGAGUGGAUCGAAUGGAAAGAGUACCAACGAUAUACAUGGGAAACGUUGCACCUUUUCCAGACUACGGUCCUCCAGUAUACACAGUUGUUCCACCAGAAUAUUAUAGACCUCCAGAACCAACGUAUUUUGUACCAACAGAUUACCACGAUAGAAUGCUCGAGUGUUCUGAAUUUCCACACGCUUAUGACAAUCCGAGCAGCAUAAAUAGUCCAGCUCGGCCAGUGUCAAGACUUCCACCGUACACUCAUCAUCGUACUUCAUCGAAUGUUUCAAAUGCGAGUACAUCAAGUCAAAGUAAUAUUAAUCCAACGUUUCGCUUAGAAGACGAGGACGAUUAUUCUUUGUAUUCGCCUGGACAUUAUUAUCAACGACCUUCGAACGUUAUUUCAAACGUAGGAACGUACAGUCCUAGUAUGCUUAAUCACGAAUAUAGCUCACAAUUACUGACACGUCAAAAUUCUCACGAUUCGAAUUCGAACUCGGGAGAAAGACCCAGCAAUUUAGAAGUAGUUAGUCGAUUACGAUCAAGUUUAAAACGAUCAAACUAUUCGUACAAUUCCCCAAAUAAGAGCGUAAGCAAAAAUAAUUCGGGUUCAGGAACGCCUACGAAUCCUACUCCGCCAGAUUCUUUAACAUCCGAGGACUCUAGUUACGUUUCCGCUAAAGAUAGCCAGAUUUCUAUAAGUAGGGUUCGAUUUUCUCCAGUGACUUUCGACCGUGAUGGAGUUUCACGCGAGCAUAGAGAAACCUUACUCGAUAUUCCUGUACAUGGACAAAACCAAGAUGUUACCGUACCCUUACAAGCUAAUCGACGAAUGAACAGAAGUAGAAAGCCAAGUAUCUCUGAAUUAGAGAGAGAUUUCUUGUCAUAGCAUUGGCUUAUUUAAAACGAUACGAAUGGUAGAAAUUAAUAAUCCGAAAAGUUUGUCAAUCUUGAAAGUAACACUUAAUUAGAAUCAUACGAAUCAAAGAGUAUCUGACGCGGCAGAAAUUUUUAAAUCGUUACGAUUAGAGAAAACUGCGAUGCACGUUCUCAAAGCACUGCCUCCUGCAGAACAUUUUUUCAUGUAUUAAUGCAGGUCAUCGAAUACUGUAAGAAUUAAACAUUCCAUAUAUAGAAUAUUGAGACAUCCUUGUGAGAGACUCUCAUAUCCGAUCAGACUGUUUUUAAUUCGAUAAAGAACUGGUAUGUCUCAUGUAUGUUUUGUAGCAAUAGUAUGAAUGUCAGGAUUGUAAUUCUUGCAUUGCGCAUUCGACAACAACAUUAUCCCAAUGUUAUUUGAAUUGUAUGUAUUACAAAUAUUCUAUUCGUACAUUCCGCACAUCCUGCAUCUGCUGCUGGCAUUGAGCAUGUAAAUACUAUGUAUUUCUAUUAUUCACAUGGGCACUUAAAGCAUUUAACAGAGGACGAAUGCUUUAAUUUAAAUGUUUUGGAAGGGAACGUAUAUAAAACAGUAUUAUGUUCUAUUAUAGACAUCUUGUUACAUUAUGCGAAUUCGUUGAAAAUGAUAUUGGCUCCAUUUUCUGGAUAUCGAGAAUUGGAUUGUGUGUAUCUACUUGUUCAUCCAAUGCCACAUUAGAGAAACGAGACUUUAUUGUUCCUUUAAUCAUACUACACAUGUCUGCUCAUAUUUAUUGGAGAUAUUCAACUUAUUAUUAAUUUACAUUCCAUCAAAAUUUUUUUGUGACUGACAAAAAAUAGUUGAAUGUUUAAACUGGCUAUUACAUAGCACGAUAGAAAUAAUUAUAUAAUCAGGAAAACAUUGAAAAGUUUUGCUGCAUAUACAAUUUCUUUUGCAUAAAUAUAUAAAACAUCAGAAAUGCAUAAAAAUAAUAGUACAUAUAAAUUUUUUUGUUUAUCAUUAUAUUAUGUCAAAUACGACAUUAUUUUGUUUUGUUUUAAUGUUUAUAUAGAUACCAUGGCACUAGGUACACGUGUGAACAAAUUUGUACAGUAGGAAUUUUAAUGAAUUCGUGAGCUACCAGCGUGAUAGAUUUAAUUUAGUAUGCCGUGUGCAGUUAAAAUGACACCUCUUUUAUAUAUAAAAAACAGUAUGCAUUCAAGUGAUUGGCGUACCUGUAGAGAAGUGUUUAACAUACUUAGUAUAUCUAUAAAAAGUAUAUAGCCGUUUAAGGUGUGAUAUACUUACAAAACUUUUAGAACAAAAACACUCCAUAUACAUAAUCAAUAUUGUACAUAUAAGUAUACAUUGGAUAGUUAUUAUUUGUUUAACAAUGUAACAAUGGUCGAUACAUUCCUUUAUAUAGGUACACUGUGUAAAGUCUAAAUGCACAAGUGCUACGAAAGUUGUUUUUAUUUUUCACUUACUAAUAUAUGACCAAGAUACCGGAUAUUAAGGAAAUGCAUUUCCUUCCUUUUUUUUUAAAUUAAUUAAGUAAAAAAAAAAAGAAAGGAAUACCCUCGAGAAGGCCUGUAUUCUGAUCUAUGUUCUAUUUCUCAUUAAUUACUAAAAAGUUGAUUUUUUAUGCGUGCAUGUGUUUAAUUUAUUGGUUCAAGAAUGUAAAGUAACAACUAAUUAAUUUAGAUUAAACUUACAAGCCAAUCAAAACUUAUUUACAUGUUGCGUAUGUUCUACGCCGUGGUGUAUCGAAUCAAAAUAAUUCCUUCAUUUCUCCGACCUCGUAUAAAAAGUUAAAUAUUAAAAAGCGACACAGAUUUUCGUUUCAAAAAAACUAUAUGCUUUCCUAAUGAUUUCCUGAAUGAUAAUCAGUAUUGUAGGAUAUGUCGCAAUGUAAAUAAUAUACAGUAGAUUUAAAGAAAGGUGAAGAGACAAACUUUGAAGAAGUAUUUUUUUGGUGAAUUCUAAUAUUUAAUAAUUAUUACAAAUUCAUUACUCCCAGUACAUUUUCUUUUGUAUACCAGAAAUUUAUUUAAUAUGUCGCCAAUAAAAUCCUUCUCAAAGCUGAAUUAACUAAGCAUUGAAGAUAUAUUUAAGUGUUUCUUAAGCAAGAAAAGUGAACCCAUUAAAUUGGCGCUUACAAGAAUUUAUUACAUACAUUAUGAUGUGAAAUAUUUCAUCUGGUUCAUACUCAUACUUGUUCAGACUUCAAUUUUUGAAAUCUUACUUGUAAUCGAGAAUAAUUAAUGAGUUGACUGAAAUAUUUAUGACAUUAUUAGAGACCUAUAGAAUAAUAUUUCAUGGGUAUGCCUUUCUAUGCUGUACAAAGAUAUUCUACGGUGCUAGUAUCGUGUACUUAAUAUGUUAAGAGACACAAAAAAAUUGAAAAUGCUUCCAAGGUAAUUGAAAAAUAUUUAAUGAAGUCUUAGAAUGCUAAUAUCGAUAAUUGUUGAUAGUAACAAUAAUUAUUUACAUAUAUAAAAUACAAUAUUAGGCAGCUAUCAACUAUCAAUUGUGUAAUGGCGUGUGAUCGCCAACAGUGCUAGUCUAAGCUAUAUUUAUUUUUUAUAUAUUAUAACUUCUUUAGCUUAAAGUAAGAAAAAAAUCCCAGUUUUGUAUUUCAUUAAAUAUCAUUUAUAGAUGAUAUGUUCCAUCGAUUAGAGAAAAUUUAUGAAGAAACAGUGUUCAGAAUAACUAUAUAAAAUGUGAUUUUUCGUAUUAUACUAUUAAUAGUAAAAUCAUUCUCAAAUCUAUAUGUUAACAUAUUUGAUUUGCAAAUGUACACUUAUACUGUUUUUUGAAAGUUAAGAAAUAGUUUCUUUUUUUUUUUAUCAAGAAGUUGAAUAAGACCAAAUAUUGUUGUUCUGAAUGCAUUUCUUUCGAUACAAACGAACAUUGUAAAUAUUUCCUUAUUGAAGUUAUACUAAAACUGCAUGCUGCUUACAAAUUAGUAAUUUGUACAAUAAAAUUUAUGACCAAGAAGAUACUUAUAAAAACGAGUGUGUUUUAAUGUACACAAAAUAUUUACUGUGAUAUCUCCUCCGUUCUUUGUAAGUUUAUUUGUUGUAAAAUAUAAUAAGCAAUCUUACUUAAUAAUAAUUGGUAUCGAGGAGUUAUCACAGUUUUUUAACUACUCGGUAUUCAUGUGUGAAAUUAAUUUUUUGUCAGUAUUUUUUGUAAUAUACGAGCUUAGAGGACGUAGAAUAUACCGCAACCCGUAAAUCCGUAAUCACUGGCAAUUUAUUUAAAUUUUAAAUUACUCUGUAGUUGUAAGAGUAUUACUAAUAAGCUAAGUGCAAUGUGUUCCAUGUGUAUUUAAGUAACAAAUGACUGCUUUGGUGUGCGCCUUAAAAAAUAAUGAAAUGCAGAACCCAAAGCUUGUGAAAGAAAACUUUUUUUGUGUAAUAUAACAACAUUGUACGAAGAUGUAGGAAUUUCAGAGAAUUUUCUGUGGUGAAUAUAGUUUGCCGAACAAGAUUGGGCACUGCAUGAUCAUCGAUAUUUACAGACAUGGAAACAGAAUGAGAUGAAAAAAAAAAAUUAUAACGAAUAUUAAAUUUACGAUACGCAAAAUUGAAAAAAGUGAAUUCAUUAAAGAAAUGCAAUAAUAAAUAUUGUCUUCGAUUUUUUACUCAACAGAUUUAAAUGUAAUGGAGUAUACACAAAAAAUUGAACGGGAAACGUGUCUAAUUUGCACUAAAAAUUCAUGUAUUUUUCCAAGCAUUGUACAUUAUUCUAUAAAUAUUAAUUAUAUAAAUUAUAAAUAGUAACCGGAGUAUAUAUUAUAUUAAUUAUUACAAUUAUUGUAACAUUUAAGCAUCGCAGACUGUAGGUGAUGCUUUACUAUUAUUAAUAAAUCAUUUCAAAUAACAA